AUGAAAGAAGAUACCGAAGCCCUCUAUAACCAAUUGGGAAAGUCGUAUGAAGAAAGCUAUCUCGGUAACCCCGGGCAAGCCAAGAUCCUCGACAUUAUCCUUCAAAGAAUACCCCCUCACAGCAAAAUUCUCGAUGUGGGCAGCGGCACCGGUAAACCCAUGGCCCAUACUUUCGCCCAGGCAGGCCAUGAAGUCCACGGGAUCGACAUCUCGGAGACCAUGCUCGAGAUCGCCAGGAGUCAAGUCAAAGGAACUUUCCAGCAAUGCAAGAUGACUGACUUCAAGCCCCAGACCACGUUCGACGUUGUACUCGGUAGUUUCUCCCUGUUCCACAUCACAUGCGAUGAAACAGAGUCGAUGAUCUACCGGUUUGCGGAAUGGCUGAAGCCCGGCGGUCUCUUGAUGGUAGCCACUAUUCUCGCCGACUACUACUUCAAGGACCCGAAGCUCUAUGAUGCCUCUGGGGAAUGCGUGCGCCACUACCCCCAACCCUGGAUGAAUGAGAUGUACAGUUGCACUUUUUAUACCCGCAAGGGCUGGAUGGAUAUGUUCGAGAAGGCGGGUCUAACCUUCGAGACUGAGGUCUAUUCCCCCUGGGCUGGUACUAAAGAUCAUCUGGAGGAAGAGCAUUAUCUGGUUGUUGCUCGGAAGACUGAAAAAGAAACGCUCUUUGGGCCCUACCCUCUUCCGUCAAGUUAUCGAGGUCCUCGAAAGUUCAAUGCGGCUGCUGUGUUGCCAUUGACUGACAGACUGGUUUUCGAUGAAACCGAAGAUAUCAUCAGCCUCCUGGAAAACAACCAGAAGGUCCUGGAUACGAGUAUAUGGCGCAAAGCAUCACUAUGCCAUGAACUCGCCAAACGAGGCAGCAAGGUGUACGCCAUCUAUCCGGAAACCAACCCGAAAGCCGUGGGAAAAGCGCAUGAAGACGGGGUCGAGCUUGCGCAGGGCACUCUGGAGAGUCUUCCCUUCCCACAUCACCAAUUCGACGCUGUGGUCACCACAUGGAGUCUACAGUAUGCCGAUGACCUCGAGAAAUCACUGCAUGAAAUCGCCCGAGUGGUCAACCCUUCGAACCACAAAUCGCGAAUCAUCAUCUCCCAAGGAGGCCCAGAUAACAAAGUACUCAACCUUUUAAACAAAGCUCUCGUCCACAUAGGUCGAGAUGGAAGCCUCGAUCACCAUGGAUACAUCCUUCGCAAAGCAUCCGAGAUCUUCGCAGGGCAUGGCUUUGCUGAUGUAUCUCUUCACCGAGUGGAGGCGUAUUGCAAGUUUCCUGAGCAAGAAAAUUCCGAAAGUUGUGCUCGGGCAGCGGAGGUCUUAGCUGGACUUUGGUUCACGGAUGACCCGGACUACGAGAAGAUCAAACAGGCGCUUGUUCCUGAACUAGAGCAGCAUUUCCAAGACAGUCCUCAUUCGAUCGGUUUCGGAACGGCUGUGUUGGUGGCGAAACCAGCUAAGUCUUAG